AUGGCUCGUACGAAGAAUUGGGCUCGUAAGUCGACCGGAGGAAAGGCACCAAGGAAGCAACUCGUUCGAGCGAUCUUUGCUGCUGCUCUUAAGCCAGCGCCAGUAACAGGACGAGUGAAGAAGCCUCGUCGUUACCGCCCUGGAACCGUAGCUCUUCGUGAAAUUCGCAAGUAUCAGAAGGGCACCAAGCUGCUCACCAGGAAGAUGCCCUUCCAGAGGCUCGUCAGGGAGAUCGCCCAGCUUCAUCACACGAGUGACCUGCGUUUCCAGAGCCAUGCGAUCCUUGCUCUGCAGGAGGCGGCAGAGGCGUAUCUCGUGGGUCUCUUCGAGGACACCAACCUGUGUGCCAUCCAUGCCAAGCGAGUGACCAUCAUGCCCAAAGAUGUUCAUCUGGCUACCAGGAUCCGUGGCGAGAGGCACUAA